AUGUUUCGCAAAAUAUUCCAGUGUCUAUUACUAGUUUUGCUGGCCCACUUGGAAGCGGGUGAAAUCCGAGGACUGUCGCCGUAUUUCUUCAAACGUGCACCGAAAAAUCUCAAGGAAAAAGUAUUUCACUGGUCUUCAGUUUAUCAAGAUGAUGCAUGGGUAAGAACUUUAGACGGAAUCCGGUCAAUUCGCCACCACUGAGUUAUCAAUAGACUGUUGUUGGGUUAGGGAAGGGGUACUGAUAUUGAUCCGAGUGAUUUUCGCCGAUGUUUAUGAAAUCGUAUGAAAAGUACAUCAAAGGCUAAGAAGUAGUGGUACAUUGCGAAAGUUUAAAACAAAUUGUUCGAUAACUUUUUUUCUGAGGAAUCACCUUAAGCACAAGUAAUGUCGACGUGACCUUUAACACGAUCGAGUUUCGUUUUUAUGAACACAAUUCGUAAUCAAAUCUAAUGAAACUUGUAUCAUAUGAAAGCCUAGAUCUUGAAGUUUAUUCAUUUUUUUGGUUUGAUGAUGCGAAGUUAAGAGUGCGCGCAAACACAGCGAAAUUUUGUAGAAAGCGGCUUGGAGUCCUUUAGGAGUUGCUGCACACGGAUCAAACUUUGAAUUUAUUAGAACAAUAAAUCCUAUAUCAGCGAUGUACCCUCCGACGGCCGCAUUCGUUUGAUUAUUCGAUCGAUAUCUUUGCAGAACGAAGUAUUAUCGUCUUUCUCUAGAUUUCUAAAAACUUUUUCAGACUUUUUGAUCAAGGAGCACACCCCUAUAAGUAUUUCCCGAAACGCCGAACGAAAUUUUGGCUGUUAAAUUUCUCUAAUUCUGUGGGGGCGAUCGAUGAGUUAACAAGUGCUUAAAUUGACCGAAAGGCGCUUCGAAUUCACUUCAAAAUUCUUUCUUUCGAGGUUUAUUAACUUUACUGUCUUAUAUAAACUGUGUCUUGCAAAGCCCACAAAUCGAGAAGUAAUCAUCACUGAUUCCAGACACCAAGAAACAGAUGGUGUUAGGUGUUUGGAACCUAUGGUGAAGCACGAAGCCCAAGUCUUUGACAUGUCUUCUAAGAAAUUAUGCAAUGACAUGUUUUCUCAAGUCAAACAAUGAUGAAUUGUGCAGUGUUACAUUUUUGCCCUUCACUGAAGGAAAGUGUUUACAUCUUACAUGUUUACAUCUUGGUUUUCACUUUAUGUAAGUAUUAUCCGGUUUCAUCUGGUUUCCUCGCACGCAGACUGAUCAAUCUCCGUGAUAUCAAAAUACUUUAUUUAAUUAAACGGUUAAGUUCCAUAAUUGAGACGCUACGCAUAUAGUUUUAGUUUCUUUCGCUGUAUUUGUUCGCGCUUCUAAUUUCGCAAUAUCCUACUGCAAUUUGGCUUUCAUUUGAUGUAGUGUUAUGAAGUUUCAUAAGAAAGGCUAAACAUAAUGCUUUAGUGAAAUCGCCACCGGUGGCGAUUUGACUCUCAGUGGUGGUGAAUUGACCAUAACCUAUUCAAACAGAUACCAUUAACUUUCUACGUCCUUAAGUUUUAGGGUAGACAAAAAACGGAAGGUGAGAAUUGGAGGUGAAAGCGGUUCAUUUGACCUUCGAGAUUCGUGAUUUGUGAUUCGUGCUUUCUUUUUGCCCAAUUACUCAUGAUUUUCUAACAAUUUUUUUUUCACAUCUUGUAAUUUAUGUGAUUCCAUAGUUAUUAACACGAAAAUUUACAACUCUUUCUUAAUCAACCGCUAUGACUCAUGACUUAUGAUUCCACUUCCAGCCCCGAGUAAGGACACAAAAAGGUAGAACAAAGAUGACUAGAGAUUGAAAAGAUUAACAUAUUUUCCAGCCUAAAAAAAUUAGGAACAGUUCGAUUACUCAAGACACACAAAUGUUUAACAAAUAUUUUGGAUAAAACUAAAGUAAAUUACAAAAUGUUGAGAGAAAUGCGCGCGCCGUGAUAUUACCACGCACUUUAUCCAUAGUAGGGGUUUUAGUUUUGUUGAAGAGACGUGCGGGAAAAAAAAUGCGUGCUCUGCUUUUAGGCUUGCCUAAAUCUAUUAUAUUAUUAUUAUUUCCAUAAAGCGCGCGCAUUACGUCACACGAGUGCACUGUUGAGAGAUAAUGCACGCAGCCUACGUCAUCGAUACAAGCGCGCGCAAUUCACGAUACAUUUUAUUAAAGAAAUAAGAAUAAAACUUGUUCCUCGAGCAUUGUUGAGUUAUAUAAGCACUUGGGAAUUUUUAAGUACACUCGAGAAGCACAAACCGAAGGCGAGUGCUUCUUCGCACUUCUCGAGUGUUCUUAAAAAUUCCCUGGUGCUUAUAUAACUCAACAAUGCACUCGGCGCGUUUUUCAUGUCUUUCUUACUAUCUCUCUGUCGGGCACUACGGCGCAUUUUGCGGAAUAAAAUGCUCGCUCGCGUGCGUGAUCGUUUAGCCUUGUUUUUUCUUUUUUUUUGUAGUUUUUUUCAGAUCUUAUUUUCUCCAUGACAUCUAAAGUGAUGAUAAUAGUGAUAAAUUUUUUUUUUUUUAUGGGCAUAAAUAUGGUUUGGAUCUUUCUUUGAGCUUAAUUUUACCCCUGCCCAAAAUGUAUUUAUACCCGCGAAGAUUAACACUAUUGAACAGUUUACAAAGGGAAAACAUUAAAUCUGAUGAACAUCAAGAUGAUAUUCGUUCUGACAAUGUUACUAACAUUACCUUUUCUUUUCAUUUAACUCCCACAGUGUUCUGAGGUUUGUGAUACGAAAAUCUGUCGCAUAAUGGAGGAGAAAGGAAGAUUUGACCGACGUUAUCGUGACUGUGAUUGUGGACUGCAUUGUCACUGUCUGUACGCUGAUUUCGACGCGUAUCGUAAGAUACACGUCUAUAAAUGUAUGCCAGCAUUCUGAAUCAUGAAAAUUUUGCAGUGUAAAUGUUAUUUGUCAUUCUGUUCGGCGUUUUACACGUUCUGUUGCUGUCUCUGUGUGUAAAAACACAAUUACUAGAGCGCGUUUCCCACGAGAAAUGUUAGCUAAGUUUCAACUGCACAAGAAAGAGCUUUCGAGUGGUAUCAUUGUCAGUCAUUCUAUAGACAUCAACAGAACUCGAUUGUCGUUUGUUCCUCAGCUAAGUAUUUCUAACUGUAAUUUUUUUCAAUGCUAAUUUACCAGUUUUUCAAAUUUCGAUUUCAUUAGCCCGUGAGCAGACCCCCAUUAUUAGAGCUGCCGGAUGCACGUUUCUCCUCCCGCGGGAAGAAUGGAGACGAGUUGGAGAUGGGUUUACUGGGGGUCUGACACUAAUAAUGAGUACUGGACCCUUUUACAGACCUCUCGCGGGCUCGUGUUCCCUAAGGCUUUCUACUUUCCCGUGGGCGAAGAAACACUGGUGUUUAACCCUUUAAUCCCUGAGAGUGACCAGCAUCUAAUUUCUCCUUUCAAUAUCACCCAUGAAUCAAACAUUAAGGUCAUGAGAAUAAAGAAAAUGAUAAUCAACUGAAGAACCUCUUGAUUGUUAAACAAAUUCUCCUUGCCAGCACAUUAAGGAAUAUAUAGAGGCCAGUGUGGAGAAUAUGCAUACUGAUGUUAGGGUGUAAAGGGUUGAGCGCCAUAAAUUCAUGUAGGAAUAGGUUUAGUCGAUGAAAACCAAUACGUUGGUGUAUAGCUGAAGUUCACUUUUAACUUUGUAAUAUCUAGUUAGGAAAAUAAAAAUCUGGGAAUAUUUUUGGG